AUGAAAAAACUGCAGAUUUUACAUUCAUCUUUCGUGCUCUCUGAUGGUUCAGAUGCAAUUCGUAAUGGAUUUCAAUCAGUUUUUGGAGAAAAACUUAUGGUUAUGUGCUGGGCUCAUAUGCGGCGAAAAGUGGUGAAGAAGGUUGAAUCAAUGGUAGACAAGAUGGACAAAGAAGAUUUACUGCAAGAUAUUGAUAUGUUACAAGUGGCACAAAGUGACAAGAUUUUUAGGAAAGCUUCUGGUCUUUUCGUCAAAAAGUGGAGUAGAAAGCAACCAGAAUUCAUUCAAUAUUUUGAAAAUGAAUGGUUAAACACGCAUAAUGGUUGGUACGAAGGUAUUCGUCAUUUAACUCCAAGUACAAAUAAUGCUUUAGAGUCAAACAACAGAGCCAUCAAAGAUGAAAACACAUUUCGAGAACGCCUGCCAUUGUCCAAAUUUAAAAUUUUAACACUCAAAAUUGUUGAAAGAUGGUCGAAGUCGUACGAACGAGGUCUCAAAGAAUUUCAUGACAGACAAACAUUAACGCUAGAUGUUUGGACUAGCAGUUAUCAGUGGGUGAAGUUAAAUAAAUCAAUUAUAUCAACAAAGUUAGAAAACGAAAUUGAAUUCUACGUACAUGGUGGAGAGAAAUUAGAUAUUAAUAAAAAUGAAAUUGAUGCUAUGAAGAAAAUGAAGUGGUAUUCAUUUGACCAUUAUUAUUAUUAG